AAUGAUAACUGAAAAAUAUAAGGAUUUUACCAAUUAUAUAUAUUUGUGCAUAUUGCAUUUUUGUCAUUUUUUUAGAUAUAUUGGGCUUGUGGUACACAAAGUUCGUAUUUAAUGCGCUGAAUUUACAACACAAGAUGAUAUAUGUGAUGUCAAGAGCAGGGGCGGACCUACAGCAAGAUUAGGUGUGGCAUGUGACCCACUCUAAUUUUUUAUUUUUCAUUAAUAGUUACUGCUAAAAAUUAUUGAAAUGUUUUUAAGUAUGACACUAAUAUAAGAAUAUGAUUUUAUGCCCCAUACUAAAACCAUCUCUCGAUAUAAAUAAACAAGCAAAAUAUAACUAGACGAACGAGACUUUUGUCGUCUGUAGAUACCGACAUUGUUCUCAAAAUAAAUAAACAAAAUAUAUAAUUUGACGAUGUCACGAUGGAUUGGAGAAUUCUCAACUUUAGUUAAAUAAAUUGUAUGGUUUGUUUGCAGUAACAAUGUCAUAAGUUGCGGAAUUUUUUACCUUCUAGGACACAUUUUGUCUUUGGAAUUACACAUUAAGACACUUCUUGCUGGAGGCACACAUUCUUCAUGUACAAUGUCAUAGAUACCCUCAACCUUAUCUACAACUAACUAGAUGAACUAACUGUACAUCCUAACUAAGGUUAAAAGUAUUUUGAUUUAUUUAUUGAAUAUUAUUUAAUGGUUUGAAUUUCGAAUUUCGAACAAAAUAUAUGUGCAUUAAACAUUAUCCUAUCGUCUUUUAUGAUUACCACAAUUAACAAACCUUACAGUAGCUAUUCCACUCCCCCUCGAUUAUCUCCUUCAUCUUCACCUUCUUCACCAAAUCUAACCCAGAAACCAAUUAUCAGUUAUGAUCGAAACCCCGGAAAUUUUUGGCAGUAAUGAUCGAAAGUGCUUAUAACUGUCAGAAUCAAGCUAUAGUCUCUGUUAACUUUCGAUUUGAAGCUCCUCAAACCACUCUCCGUCCAGUAAAGCUGUUGAAGAUGUUCAUCGCAGACUCUGUUCUCUAUCAUAUCCAAAAGGAGCUCGAUUAUACGCAAGUGAAGGACCUAAAGACUACAAUCUACUUGCUUACACCUACUUCUCCUCAACUUGAUGUGAAGAAACCCCAAGAUAUUGUUCGUCCUGAGAGUUUGAGUUUGUUAGCUGAAGGUUAUGAUCGAUGUGUUCAAGUGUGUUCUGAAUAUGCUAAAACUUUUUAUCUUGGUUGGGAUCUUCUUCUUCUUUCAUUGCUGAGUUUUAUGUCCACGACAUAUAUGUCCACAUUUUAUAUAUCCAUAUUUUCUUUGUCCACAAACAAUUAAUCUACAAAAAAUAUUUAGUCAUGAUAAGUUUUUCAUAUCCAAAUUUCUAAAAUAUACUAAAAUGGAUAUUAAAAUGUUGACAACAAAAAGUUAUAAUUUAUUAUGUCUAAUUUAUUUAUUGAUAUACUUUAAUAUGUCAAAAUAAAUCACAUAAAGAAAGAGAGGGUAAUUUAUAAUAGUAAUUUCAAAAAAAUCAAAUAAAUCCAAUCCUAUGAUCUAGUUUCAACAAAAUGGACAAUAUAUAUGUCCAACCCUAUGAUUUUUUGUAUCCACAAUAUAUAUGUCCACAUUUUAUUUGUUCACAAACAUUUAAUGGACAAUUUUUUUGUGGAUAUGAUUUUUUAUAUUCAAAAUUUUAAAAUAUAUUAAAACGGAUUUUAAAAUGUAGAAGAAAAAUUUAUAAUUUAUUAUAUUUAAUCUACUUAUUUAUAUACUUUAAUAUGUUAAAAUAAUCACAUAAAGAAAUAUAGGAAAAUUGAUAAUAGUAAUAUAAGAAAAUUAAAAAAUUAUAAUCCUACAAUCUAGUUUAAGUUGCACAUCUAAUAGCUUAAAAGACCAUUUUCUAUACUGAAUUGUUUUUUAUACAUUUAUUAUGUCUGUGGUCAUCUUUUUACACUAUCCACAAUAUAUAUAUCCACGUUUUAUUUGUCCAUAAACACUUAAUCUACAAAAAAAAAAGAUUUGUCAUGAUAUGUUUUUAAUAUUCAAAUUUCUAACAUAUACUAAAAUGGAUCUUAAAAUGUUGACAACAAAAAGUUAUAAUUUAUUAUGUUCAAUUUAUUUAUAGAUAUACUUUAAUAUGUCAAAAUAAAUCACAUAAAGAAAUAGAGGGGAAUUGAUAAUAGUAAUUUCAAAAAUUUAAAUAAAAUCCAAUCCUACGAUCUAGUUUCCCCCCUCCCCCUCUCCAAUCUGAUGGCUUAAAAUCUACUGCUGUGAAAUUCAAAUCGGUUAGAUGUCCAUCACCGUUGGAUUAGAUCACAUCCAAUGGUUGUAAUGUGUCCCACUUACCUAUAAACAAAUCUUGAUAACUCCUACUACGAAACACAAACGUAACUAAAUGGGGUCCCCACCAACUAGACACAAAUCCACACAAUCUUGCUCUCCACUUCAGAUUACUCAGCGAAGGGCAAUUCCGUCCGAACGAAGCCUCUCUCUAGAAGAAAAGUGUUCCUCCAGCAACAUGUGCCUUAUCCUGUUAAAAAAGUGAAAAAAGUGUCCUAAAUGGUAAUGCACUCUAAGUUGCGCGGCCCUUGCGGGUACAAACCAUUAAUUAGCGAGGACCAGAAGUUAGAGGAGAAAGCAAUAACUGUGGUCGUACUAAAACCGUGAUUUUACAUGACUAGAAUAUUUUUUGUUCAAUUAGUGCAUUCAGUAAGGAGAUAAAGAACCCAAAGGGCUGUCCAAUACAGAUGAAGAGUAUCUGAGACCAGUGGCGAAGGCAGUGCUUUAGCACAGGGUCACUUGACCCAUGUGGUUUCUUAGGAACAAAUUUUUUUACUUGUAUUUUAAAGAUGAGAGGAUCCAGGCUAGACCCGCUUGCUCUGAAGUUUUAUCCCAAGCUGCGUCUGUUUUGCAUGUCGUUGUCGUAAUCCUUGCUUCAGGAUGAGGCUGGGACCUUUGGAUCGAGUUUUUGCGGCUGUUGCAUUUCCUCUUUUGGAUUUGUUUUUAAGAUUUGUGAUAUUUUGUGCUAAGUUCCAUUUUCUAGCUGAUUUGUUCGUCUUAGUAGUUGUUUCCAUUACUGAGAUACAUCUUUCUUGAAUUACGGUAUUUCUAGAAAUCCAGAGCGACCAACAUAUUCAAGGCAGUAAAUUAGUAGUGGUUCUUACUGGAGGAACACAGAAGAUCUUUCCAAAUUUAACCAGGGCCGAUGAAAAGUCUGGUAGAGAAGUUAUGUGAACUACUGGAAAGAAAUCCAUUCUUUGCCAAACUUGGCUUGAGAAUGGGCACCUGAAUAAGAUGCGAGUUUCUGAUUCAGCUUCUUCGCAUCUUAUGCACUUUGCCUUUUGAAUAACUCUCCCUUUUUGCGGAUUUUCACCUGUAGGGAAGACAUUAAUCUUUGGAGAGAAAGUCCCCUCCAAAACGUCCUUUCUCCAGUUAAAUUCUCUAACUGCAGUGGUGUUCAUUUUGUCUGGACUGUAAUCUUCAUAUGAUCGGAUGGAGUGGUAUCCUAAUUUUGCGGUGUACGUUCCAUAUGGUCCAUUUAAAGAUCAGAGGAAUUAAUACACUUUCACUAAUGGUAAUAUAAUAAUUUUUUACUCACUUGGUCCAUACAGAUUAGUUUUGUUGGUUUGGAUAUUUUUCAGACCUUAUGGUCCAUUUUAGAUUAAUGUCCAAGAUAAAGAAAGAUGUGGAGGAAAUAUAAAAUAUGUGAAUUAAGAUUUUGCAUGUAAAUGUAAUACGGUGACAUGAAAAAAUGGUGUAUAAAUUGAGUUGAGAUUAAGUCUAUGGGGGUAUAAUUGAUUUGAAAAAAUCUAAAAAAUUCAUAACACUCUUUUUAUGUAGUUAUAUAAUUACCAAGUAUCGUGUUGGUAGAGAGUGCAUUACACUAAAUUUUAAUGGCAUCUUAUAAUAAAAACAUCAAAAGAUGUAUAUUCUUAAAAAAAAUUAUAAUUUAAUGCAGUAGAUAUUUUUGAUUAAUUAAGGAAAAAUUAAAAUAAAAUAUAUUAAGUUACAAUGAAUCGGUCCAAUAAACUUGUUAAUAGAUUUUAUAGAAUGAUAUUUGGAUAGUAUAGAUGAAUCUCUCACAUUUUAUUUUGGGUAUCUCAGGGAUACUUUCCUUACAAAUUUUCAUUUUUUCUUCAUUUUCCAUUUUUUUAGUUGAGUAUACACUCUUUGACUACCGUUGAUUCUUAUAAAAUUACUGUCCAAAUUGGUAUCCAUGUGAUUGGUUAAAUCAGACGUACGUGGACGGUGGAUGCAUGAACAGUUUGACUUCUACCACAAUUCUUCCUCAUUUUUUACUCUUGAUUAGCCGUCUUUAUUAUCUUCCUCAACUAGACGAUUUCUUAACAUAAAAGAGCAAAAAUGAAACAAAAAAUUGUUGAAAACAGACCAAUGAAAUGAACACAUAUGUCCGAAAUAGAUUUAUAAAAAGCACAAGCUUCCUUCAUCAUCAUCACCAAGAAAACUUGAGACAUAGCUAUAACAAAAAGCAAAAAAAAGAUGGCUACAAUUUGGUUUCUAUCAGUUGUCUUUCUCACAUGUCUUCUUCUCGCCGCCUUAAAACGCAAGAAGCAGCAACGAGGACCACCAUCUCCUCCUGGUUUUCCGAUCAUCGGAAACUUGCACCAGCUCGGAGACUUACCACAUCAGUCUCUAUGGAGACUCUCCAAAAAGUACGGUCCUGUGAUGUUUCUGAGGCUUGGAAGAGUCCCAACGGUCGUGGUUUCUUCCUCUGAAACAGCUAAACAAGCUUUGAAAACCCAAUACAUCCAUUGUUGUAGCCGUCCAAGCUUAGAAGGGCCAAGAGCGCUCUCUUACAAUUAUCUGGACAUUGCUUUCUCUCCCUUUGAUGAUUACUGGAAAGAACUAAGGAGGAUAUGCGUGCAAGAACUUUUCAGUGCUAAACGAGUUCACUCGAUUCAACCUAUCAAGGAAGAGGAAUUUAAGAGACUGAUCGAUUCAGUCGCAGAAUCAGCUUCUAGUAAAAGUCCAGUUAACUUGAGCGAGAAGUUUCUUGCUUUAACUGUAAGCGUGAUAUGCAAGGCAGCCUUUGGUCUAAGUUUCCAGGGAACUGUUCUCAACAAUGACAGGUUCAACAAGUUAGUCCGCGAGGCGUUUAUGUUCUUGGGGAGCUUCUCUGCCUCGGAUUUUUUCCCUAAUGGCGGCUGGAUCAUCGACCGGCUCACGGGGUUACAAGGAUGGAGAGAGAGAAGUGUAAGAGAUCUUGAUGAUUUCUAUGAACAAAUGUUUGAUUUGCAUAAACAGGGAAACAAAAAUGGAGUUGAAGAUUUUGUGGACUUGCUAUUGAGGUUGGAGAAAGAAGAAACUGUUCUUGGAUAUGGCAAGCUCACAAGAAACCAUAUCAAAGCAAUCUUGAUGAACGUUCUUCUAGGAGCCAUCAAUACUUCUGCAAUAACAAUGACAUGGGCAAUGGCAGAACUUAUGAGAAACCCGCGAGCAAUGAAUAAAGUACAAACCGAAAUCAGAAACCAGAUGGGAAACAACAGAUCAGUGAUCACUUUGGAUGACAUAGAUCAGCUCCAUUACUUGAAAAUGGUGAUCAAAGAAACAUGGAGGCUACACCCUCCAGCACCUCUUCUGGUUCCCAGAGAAGUGAUAUCUGAAUUUGAGAUAAAUGGCUACAAGAUUCAGCCCAAGACACUGCUUCAUGUGAAUGCAUGGGCCAUCGGGCGUGAUCCCGAUACCUGGAAAGACCCUGAAGUGUUUUUCCCAGAGAGGUUUAUGGAUAAUGACAUUGAUGCAAAGGGACAGAACUUUGAGCUGUUGCCGUUUGGAAGUGGCAGGAGAAUCUGUCCUGGAAUGUACAUGGGGACAACAAUGGUUGAGUUUGGUCUGGCGAAUAUGUUGUAUCAAUUUGACUGGAAGUUACCAGAAGGCAUGGUGGUCGAAGAUAUCGACAUGGAAGAAGCUCCUGGACUCACUGUGGGCAAGAAAAAUGAGCUUCUACUUGUUCCUGUUAAGUAUUGAGAACAUUGUUCGCUUCAAACUACAAAAGUUAUUUACGAGAUUGAAAAAUAAAACGUAGCAAUGAUUGCAUAGAAAAUGCUCUAAUCCAUCAUAUAUAUAUAUAUCAGUGAUAACAUUCUGAA